AUGGCCGAUGAACAACGACAACCGUCGGCCGAACCGGCUACGGAGCCGGUGCCCCAGACGGCGGCCCAAACGGCACUCGAGACAGCGGCCGAGCCGGUUGCACAGUCGACCGCUCCAAUUGCGCAGACAGCUACUCCAGCUGCCCAAUCGAUCACUCCAGUUGCGCAGGCUGAGGCUCCAAUUGAAGCCAUAGAGCCGGAGCAACAGGAACGUGAGGAUGACAGCGACAGGUCCUCGUUGGGUGGUUUCUCUUCGGAGGACUCACAGGCCUCAAUGCGCUCCAGCAUUCUCGACUAUCGUCGCGAAAACGGUCGCACGUAUCAUCGUCUCAGCGACGGCAAAUACAUCAUGCCUAACGACGAGCUGGAACAGGAGCGUCUGGACAUCGUCAAUCACAUGUGGAUGCUCAUCUGGGACGGCAAGUUCUGUCUCUGCCCGAAAAACGAAGGCGCCAAGCGGGUCCUCGACAUCGGGACCGGCACUGGCAUCUGGUCUAUGGACUACGCCGACGAGCACCCCGAAGCAGAAGUCAUCGGCGUCGACCUCAGCCCGAUCCAGCCCGACUACGUGCCGGUGAACUGCAUCUUCGAGGUGGACGACCUCGAGAAAGAGUGGACGUGGACCGAGCCGUUCGACUUCAUCUUUGCGCGCAACAUGAUUGGCUGCUUCUCUAACUGGGAGGGCGUCAUGGAGCAGGCCUACGACAACCUCGAGCCCGGCGGCUACUUCGAGAUCCACGACAGUGUGUACCCCAUCUUGUGCGACGACGGCACCGUCAAAGAGGACUCGCCCAUAGCGAAGUGGUCGCGCUUGAUCCUUGAGGCCUGCGACAAGAUUGGCCGCUCCGUCACUGUCACGCACCAGUUCCCGCGGCUCAUGUGGGAGGCCGGCUUCGAGGACGUGACCGUUACCAAAUGCAAGUUCCCGCUGUCUGGCUGGCCCAAGGACCGCAAGCUGAGGGAUGUCGGCACAUGGGUCCAGGCGUCGCUGUUGCCCGGUCUCGAAGGCAUGUCGCUGGCGCUGUUCACGCGCGUCUUGGACUGGAGUCCCGAGGAGACGAUUGUUUUCUGCGCCCAGGUCAGGGCGGACGUGAAGAACACCAGACUUCACGGAUACUGGGACGGGAUGUCCGUUUACGGACGGAAGCCUUUCCCCAAGGAAGAGACGAGCCACUAA